AUGAUCGAUUUUGAACAAGCAUUAUUUGGUGCAUAUAUUGAUGUUUUUACAAACACUAAAAGUAGAGGCUGUUUUUUGCACUUUGGGCAGUGUUUAUGGCGAAAAAUACAGACUAUUUCUGAUAUUUGUGAAAAAUAUAUUUCAGAUGCAGAUUUUGCUUUAAACAUAAAGCAAUUAAUGGCAUUAGCUUUCAUCCCAGUACCUGAUGUCGUAGAUACAUUUGACGAAUUAAUGUCACAAAGUUUUUUUGUAGACGAAGAGCUUUUGCGUCCACUAACUGAUUACUUUGAAGAUACGUGGAUUGGUAGACCAACAAGACAAAGAUUCCGUUGGCCACCUACAUUUAGUCUAGAUUUAUGGAACCAAUAUGACGCGACACUUGAAGGAUAA